CAACAGCCCCACGGCUCACUCCCUAUGAACGGCGAUCUACAAGUUGUUUCAUGAUAAUAAACAUGCUCGUGCAAUGCAGUUGGAGCACCGAUUCCGGACAACUGUCAAGGGGACUCGAACGAUCAACGAAUAUUGCCAUCUCCUCAAAAAUCUUGCCGAUUAUCUCGAUGAUGUGGAUGCCCCGGUGACGGAACAUGCACUGGUUCUACAAGUUCUCCAAGGUUUGCCUCAAAACUUCCGGUCUCAGGUUACGUUUCUUCAAUACCAAACUCCGUUCCCCACUUUUAUGGAGGUCCGUUCGGCUCUUUUGCUCGUCGAACAACAGCAAAACGACGCCACCCACGACGCCGACUCUUCGACGGCCCUCCUUAGCACCGGGAGCAGCGGCGGGAAUCCUGCAGGAGGCGGGCAGCAGCGGCAGAAUGGCCCUGGACGUGGCUACGGCAGUUCCCCUCGGAGCUUUAACGGCGGCAACCGAGGACGAGGACGUGGCCGCGGUCGUGGCGGCUCGAAUCAGCGGCAACCCACCGGAUCUCAACCCUGGCAGUUCCCCAACCCCACACCUGAUGACAUCAUACUCACAGCCUCCACCCAGACACUUCUUCAGUCUAUCAUUCAGCGACUGAAGGGCGAGUUUGCUAUGACAGAUAUGGGGGAUCUUCAUUUUUUUCUGGGGAUCAAUGUCCAGCGCACGUCUCAUGGGUUAUUUCUCACACAAACUCAGUUCCUCUACGACAUUCUUGAGCGCGCCGGGUGGAAGUCCUAUUUUUACCGUUCUGCUGACGUGCGCACCAACACUUCGAAUAGGACAUGCUUUACCCCGGCGAAAGAGAAGCGGAUAUUGCCCUCCUCCUCCUCCCACCGCCGCCCUCCUCCGGGAACCAAACGCCGCUCUCUCACUAACAUGCGCCAUCCGCUCCUCUCCUCCUCCAUAGCCAUGGCACCUUCUUCAAUUUCUCUCUCUAAACCCCUCAGAAAACCCUCACCCUCUGUCCGCGCAAACCCUAAUGUGAACUCCUCACACAAUUGCCCUUCCUCCGCCGCCUCCGCCGCGGUCCACCACCCCUGCAAGCACUCUCCUUCCGCCACGCUCGACAUUCUCAUCCUCAUUCUCGUCCUCUUCUCCGGAGCCUUCCUGAUCUCCUCCUACUUCUCCUACAUCUUCCAUUCCCUCUCCCUCCUCGCCCCCUCCUUCUCCGUCUCCUCCCUGCUCUCCUACCUCAGCUCCUUCGAUGUUCAAAUCCAUUACGUCCUAUGCACCUUCUUCUUCGCCAUCUUCGUUGCGGUUGCUGCUGCUUACGAGAUCUGCUGCGGCAACAGAUCCAGGAAAUGCGGCAAAUCUGGCUGCAAGGGGCUCCGGAAAGCUAUGGAGUUUGACUUGCAGGUCCAGGAAGAGGAGUGUUUGAAACUGGGGGAUGAGAGUAAGGCUGUCAGGGAGAUCAAUGAGCUGCCGUGGAAAGGUGGCAGCGAAACUAACUUGGAUUACGAGUGCCUUCGUGCUGAGCUGAGGAAGAUGGCGCCACCCAAUGGCCGGGCUGUACUACUUUUCCGGGCUAAAUGUGGAUGCCCCAUUGCCAAGCUCGAAGGCUGGGGUCCCAAGAGGGGCCGUCGCCACAAGAAGAGUAGUAUGGGUCUUAAUGGUAGAGACCAUCUCUAGCUGCCGGCUGCCAUGGAUGAUGCAUCUUUGGGAUCUUUUCUGCCUGCAGUUGCUGUUGCCUUUGUGAUUUCAGGACUCAUUCCCUCUUACAAUGCUGCUGCUUUUCUGUCUUCUAACUUUACCCAAUGGUACAUCCAAAGGCUUUCUUCAAAAAAACUACACCCCAGUG